AUGCUGCCCCGAUCCCGAGCCUCUGGGCGCCUGAUUCUCGAACGCUCGGCAGCUUCACAAUCAACCCGGGCGCUGUCCGAUUCUAUACCCAGAGCAUGGUCCUUCAGCUCGGCUCUCCGGGCCACUCAGAUCGCCGGCCGUCGCUAUCCCGGACUGCGACCCCGGCUUACGGGAGCAUCCUUCUCCACAACCACGAGACUCGGCAAGGAGAAGGACAACAAGGACAAGGACAACUUCUUCAACUCUGCCGCUGAGCCUACAAGAGAGUCAGAAGAUGCUAAAGCCAAGCUUGAGAACAACGCCAAGGAGGAUUCCAAGGCCACCACCGCUGACCCGGAAUCGGUUGCAUCAUCGGCGAAGAACGAGGGCGGGUCAUCACAAGAUGGAAAGCCUAGCGAUGCGGCAGGAAGCGCUGCUGGCUCCGGAUCUGGUGCAGGCAACGAGGGAUCUGGUGGCGAAGGUGGUGAGGGUGGAAAGCGAGGUCGCAGAGCUGCUGAGAGAGCGCUGUCAAAGCCAGUCAUCCCAGAGGUGUACCCGCAAGUCCUGGCAAUUCCAAUUGCCCGGCGGCCGCUCUUCCCAGGCUUCUACAAAGCUAUUACGAUCAAGGAUCCUAAUGUCGCAACUGCAAUUACCGAGUCUAUCAAGCGUGGCCAGCCCUAUGUAGGAGCCUUCCUCUUCAAAGAUGAGAACGAGGAUGAGGACAUCAUUCGAAACGUGGAGGAUGUACAUGAUGUUGGUGUCUUUGCCCAAAUCACCAGCGCCUUCCCCAUUCACGGCCAGGAAGGUGCUCUGACAGCAAUCCUUUAUCCACACCGCAGAAUCAAGCUGUCCAGUCUCGUUCCACCUGGAACUCAAGACGCGGACAAGGCCGAUUCCAAGUCAGAGGCGGAGCCCGAGCCGAUACCGCAAAAGACCGCUGAGGAGGAGGCCCAGGAGAAGAAGGGCGAUGUGGUAACAAGCUUCGAGGAGAGUGCCGUGGAGAAGAAACCAGAGCAGGUGACUGAGAAGUACGAGCCUACCUCAUUCCUUAAGAGAUACCCCGUCAGCCUCGUCAACGUGGAGAACCUGGUAGAUGAGCCCUACGAUCCCAAGAGCCCUGUCAUUCGCGCUGUGACCAACGAAAUCGUCAAUGUCUUCAAGGAGGUCGCUACCAUGAACAACCUCUUCCGAGACCAAAUCUCCACCUUCUCGAUGAGCCAGUCUACCGGAAACGUCACAUCAGAACCAGCCAAACUGGCUGACUUUGCGGCUGCUGUCUCAUCUGGAGAGCAGAAUGAGCUGCAAGAAGUCUUGGGCUGCAUGAACAUUGAAGAGAGAAUGCAAAAGGCAUUGAUUGUGCUCAAGAAGGAACUCAUGAAUGCUCAGCUGCAGUCGAAGAUUACCAAGGACGUUGAGAGUAAGAUCAGCAAGCGCCAGCGGGAAUACUGGCUCAUGGAGCAGAUGAAGGGCAUCCGCCGCGAGCUCGGCUUGGAAUCAGACGGCAAGGACAAGCUGGUGGAGAAGUUCAAGGAAAAGGCCGCCAAGCUUGCCAUGCCUGAUCCUGUCCGCAAGGUCUUUGACGAGGAGAUCAACAAGCUGGCCCACCUGGAGACGGCUGCCUCAGAAUUUAAUGUUACGAGGAACUACCUGGACUGGCUCACUCAGAUUCCCUGGGGUCAGAGAAGCCCGGAAAACUUUGGUAUCCCGAACGCUGUUAAAGUCCUCGAUGAGGACCACUACGGCUUACAAGAUGUCAAGGACCGCAUCUUGGAGUUUAUCGCUGUGGGUAAGCUGCGUGGCUCUGUUGAGGGUAAAAUCCUUUGCUUUGUCGGCCCUCCUGGUGUCGGAAAGACGAGUAUCGGAAAGUCCAUUGCUAGAGCUCUUAACCGGGAAUACUACCGCUUCAGCGUUGGUGGUCUUACCGAUGUUGCUGAAAUCAAGGGUCACCGAAGAACAUAUGUCGGUGCCCUCCCCGGUCGUAUCAUCCAGGCUUUGAAGAAGUGCCAGACUGAGAACCCUCUCAUCCUGAUUGAUGAGAUUGACAAGAUUGGCCGGGGCUACCAGGGCGAUCCCUCAUCGGCCCUGCUGGAGCUUUUGGAUCCUGAGCAGAACAGCUCUUUCUUGGAUCACUACAUGGAUGUCCCCGUCGACCUGUCAAAGGUCCUGUUCGUUUGCACAGCCAACAUGACCGACACUAUCCCCAGGCCUCUUUUGGACCGCAUGGAGCUCAUUACCUUAUCUGGAUAUGUCGCGGAUGAGAAGAAGGCCAUUGCCAACAGAUAUCUCGCACCUGCUGCCAAGGAAGCAGCCGGCCUGAAAGACGCAGAUGUCCAACUCACCGACGAGGCUAUUGAGGAGCUCAUCAAGUCCUACUGCCGAGAGUCAGGUGUCCGAAACCUGAAGAAGCAGAUUGAGAAGGUCUACCGCAAAUCAGCGCUGAAAAUCGUCCAGGAGCUUGGAGAGGAAGUCCUCCCCGAAGAGGAGGCUCUGACAGACGAAGGCAAGGCUGCUGCGGAGAAGGCUAAGGAGGCUGCUGCGGAGGCUGAGGAAGGCAGUGAAAAGACGGCCGCUACCGGGGCUAGCGAAAGUGAGACUACAGAAAAGCCACGGAAAGCGUUACAAGUGCCAGAUAGUGUCCAUGUUAGCAUUGGAAAGGACAACCUGACCGAUUACAUUGGACCCCCAAUUUUCACAUCCGAUCGCCUUUACGAUGUGAGCCCGCCUGGUGUCUCCAUGGGUUUGGCCUGGACACAGAUGGGCGGUGCUGCCAUGUACAUCGAGUCCAUCCUUCAAGCGCCACUCCGACCGAGCUCACGGCCCGGCCUGGAAAUUACGGGCAACCUUAAGAACGUCAUGAAGGAGUCAACUACAAUCGCCUACUCAUACGCCAAGUCAUUCGUGGUCAACCAGUUCCCCGAAAACCACUUCUUCGACAAGGCCAAGAUGCACCUCCACGUUCCCGACGGUGCCGUUUCCAAGGACGGCCCCUCUGCCGGUAUUACCAUGACCACUUCGCUGCUGUCUCUGGCGCUGGACGAGCCAGUCAACCCCACCGUGGCAAUGACCGGUGAGAUCACACUGACCGGCAAGGUCCUCCGCAUUGGCGGACUGCGUGAGAAGACUGUGGCAGCCAGGAGAGCAGGAUGCAAGACUAUCAUCUUCCCCAAGGACAACAUGUCAGACUGGCUGGAGCUUCCUCAGACUAUCAAGGAAGGCCUUGAAGGCCACGCCGUAAGCUGGUACUCCGAGGUCUUUGACCUGGUUUUCCCCAACCUGGACCGCCAAAAGGCCAACACCUGCAAGAUCUGCGAGUGGACGGCCGAGCAGAAGAAGAAGGACGAUUCCGAAAGCAAGGAAGACGAUGAUUAA